AUGAACGAGGGCAACUGCCGUAAGCGGAAUAUGAUUGUAUUUGGCUUACCGGAGCAAAAUCAGAGUGACCAGCCCCAAGUCAGGGCAGACAAGGAUAAAGUUGAUGUAGGAAAAAUUUUUAGAGUGGUGAAUCCUCAUUUCCUGCUACAAAAUGCAUCAGUAAUUAGACUGGGACAAUUUGGCGCCGGGAAAAACGGACCAGUCAAGGUGGUCUUACAGAACGAGACUCAAGUCAUUAAUCUGAUUAAAAAGGCAAGUAAUUUGAAAAAUAGCGCUUACACGAAGAUAUCGCUUUCAUUUGAUCGUACUCGUAGGCAGAUUGACCACUACAAAAAGUCGCAAGAGGAUAUCAAAAAUUGCAAGAUGCGUGGCAAAAAAAUAUUGGAAAUGUGCCAAGCUGCGUCUUUGUCAAGCACAAAUAUUUCUCCAACUCAAGAGCAGCAAACUAUGGAUUUUGAAAAAUUAAUGGACCAAGCAGAGAUGGUUUUCGAUAAUACAGACAAUAAUGUGGAUAGCAGAGAAAAUUUAGAGGAACCACGUAGUCCUAAAUUCAGAUUUUCUCGAACUACAGAAUAG